CCCCAGCCUGUGUGUGUGUGUGUGCGAGAGGCGGAGAGGAGGGAAGAGGCGAGCGCAGGCUGGCGGAGCCGGGAGCGGCUGCAGCAGCCCAGCCUGAAGCGAGCGCGGCGGGUGGGGGGUGGCUGGGGCAGCAGCAAACAGCUCGGGGCCCGGCCGCCCCCUCUGCUCCCGGAGGCUGCCCACCAGCUCCUGAGCGGCCCCAGCCAGGCCAGCUCCGCGCCGGGCGGGCAGCGCAGCGCAGCGCAGGCGGGGGUCCGGCCGGCCGGCGCGCUCCAUGGGCUGACUCCCCGCGAGAGGGGGCGGAGGAGCGGCAGAGCGGCCGGGGAUGGUGAGCAGGAGGCUGCGCUAGCCCGCUUAGGCCCUAGCGCCGGAGCCGGAGGAGAAUCCGCCCGCGGCCAACCCCCAUCGCCGCCUCUGCUAGGGCUUCUCCGCUGCAGGCGUAAAUAGCUGAAAGAGAGAGGAAAGAAGCCCUUUCCGUGGCCCCUUCUACUGGAAUCCAGACAUAACAGUGGGGUGAUCUUUCAGCAGAAACUCUUUUUUCAAGAGACAUUCCUGCCAUUAUGAAUGAAGUAGCAAUAGUGAAGGAAGGAUGGCUUCACAAGCGAGGAGAAUACAUAAAGACAUGGAGGCCAAGGUAUUUUCUGUUGAAGAACGAUGGCACGUUCAUUGGCUACAAAGAGCGGCCGCAGGAUGUUGACCAACGGGAAUCCCCUUUAAAUAAUUUCUCCGUAGCUCAAUGCCAGCUGAUGAAGACAGAACGACCUAAACCAAACACAUUCAUCAUUAGAUGCCUCCAGUGGACUACAGUAAUUGAAAGAACAUUUCAUGUGGAGACUCCAGAGGAGCGGGAAGAAUGGACAAAAGCCAUCCAAACAGUAGCAGACAGCCUUAAGAAACAGGAGGAGGAAAUGAUGGAUUUUAGAUCUGGUUCCCCUAGUGAUAAUUCAGGUGCUGAAGAAAUGGAAGUUUCUAUGACAAAACCAAAACAUAAAGUGACCAUGAAUGAGUUUGAAUACCUUAAGCUACUGGGAAAAGGCACUUUUGGGAAGGUCAUUCUAGUUAAAGAAAAAGCAACUGGACGAUAUUAUGCUAUGAAAAUCCUGAAGAAGGAAGUUAUUGUUGCAAAGGAUGAAGUAGCUCACACGCUGACAGAAAACCGCGUUUUACAGAAUUCUAGGCAUCCAUUCUUAACAGCUUUAAAGUAUUCCUUUCAGACACAUGAUCGUUUGUGUUUUGUUAUGGAGUAUGCUAAUGGAGGAGAGUUGUUUUUCCAUCUGUCAAGAGAGCGUGUCUUUUCUGAAGAUCGGGCUCGGUUUUAUGGAGCUGAGAUUGUAUCAGCACUGGAUUACCUGCAUUCAGAGAAGAAUGUGGUUUAUAGAGAUUUAAAGUUGGAAAAUCUUAUGCUGGAUAAAGAUGGACACAUAAAAAUAACAGACUUUGGGCUAUGCAAAGAAGGUAUCAAGGAUGGAGCAACAAUGAAGACUUUCUGUGGCACUCCAGAAUAUCUUGCACCAGAGGUGCUGGAAGAUAAUGACUAUGGUCGUGCAGUGGACUGGUGGGGCUUAGGAGUCGUAAUGUAUGAAAUGAUGUGUGGCCGGCUCCCUUUCUACAAUCAGGACCAUGAGAAGCUCUUUGAACUUAUCCUCAUGGAGGAGAUUAGGUUUCCACGCACUUUGUCACCUGAAGCAAAAUCUCUUCUGUCAGGUUUGCUGAAGAAGGAUCCUAAGCAAAGGUUAGGUGGUGGCUCUGAUGACGCAAAGGAGAUUAUGCAACACAAAUUCUUUUCUGGCAUUGUUUGGCAAGACGUAUAUGAGAAAAAGCUUAUACCUCCAUUUAAACCACAAGUUACAUCUGAAACAGACACAAGGUAUUUUGAUGAAGAAUUUACAGCACAGAUGAUUACAAUCACUCCACCUGACCAAGAUGACAGUAUGGAUUGUGUAGAUAAUGAGAGAAGACCUCAUUUUCCUCAGUUCUCCUAUUCAGCCAGUGGAACAGCUUAAUGUUUUGCCUUUUUUCCCAUUCAGAAACAAAACAGACUACAUUUUGGGGACCUUACUUCAAUGGACACUAGAAAACUGUCUAUAUUAUCUGAAUUACAAACUAUGUUUGUACUACAAUUUACAUGAAUUUGUCAGAAGCCUCACAGAUUCUGUAUUUAAAACAAUUCUCUGAUGCAUUUUUGAGAAGAAAACAUUUAAGAAUGGAUUUGUUUAAGUCAAACUUUUAUGCUGAAUGACUAGGUUUUUAAGAAUACGCACCAAAAUGGUUUACAUUAGAAAUAAUUAAGAUAUUCAACAUAUCAGCAACUCUGACCAGAAAAAUCCCCUUAUUUUAUUUAUUUCAUACAGUUCAUUAUCUAAAUAUAGAAUCUGCACUCUGAACAAUUAGAUUUAUUUAGGAAGCUAUAAAGACUUUAGUAGCUAGUGCAAUAAUAUAAGCAACAAAGUGAACAAACUCUGGAGAGUUAAAGGUUCAAACUCACUUUGGACAGCAAUGAAGUGUCAUCCUACUCCAGAAAAUCAACUAUAGGAACAGCAUUAAUGGCCUCAGUGAGGUAGUUCAAAAAGCAAGUUAUUUUGUUAUAACAUCUGCUACAAGACAUUAUGUAUCAAAUUGAAUUCUGUGGAAUCUAGUCCAUUUCUACAUCGCACAGAUGAGUAUUCCAUUCAAGAUAGUGCAUUUAAUUAUUCCAUUUGUCUAGAAUUUAGGAGUAUUUAACAGGAUCGGCUGCUCAAAACUUAGAAAACAGUCUGAUUACCAGUCUAAUCUAAAAUGCUAUACUGCAGAAUUGCCCCACUUUGUACAGUGUAUAAAAAGCCACACACAGCUCUAAGGGAGAAAUUCAUCUGGAUGAAUGAAUCAACCAAACAGAAGUAAAUUUUGGCACUGAAGUAAUGACUUGUUGCUGCUUUUUUUAAAAGAGAAGUUGUAUAAAGAUACAUAAACAAUUACUGUUUGCAUCAUGCCAGACAAUUUCCUCAGUGCAUUCAAGGUAUCAGGCAACUGUCAGUGGUGCCUUCUGACUCUUGAAGAAGCACUUUAACAGUGUUUCCCGUGUAUAAGAAAAAAAAACUAGGUUGAAACUUCCUCUGUGUUUGAGUAAUAGGGUGUUCAAGUGAAUAUAUUUUGUUUUUAAUCUUAGUGAGAAUUCCCCCAUCCCCUUUUUUUGGUUGUAUCAUGUUUCUUUGUAACUUUCGUAAAAACAGUCUUAUUCUGCCUCUCCUGCCCGAAUAACUUUAUUCCAUUGUAGGUUGCAUUUUUUUAGAUUGCUUUUUGUUUUCAUUCUCUUGACUGUAUAAAAAUGAUGAAAUGUACUGCAGUUAAUUAGCAUUUAUUUUUUUAAUUUGGAAGAGAGUGUGUUGCAGAUACCCUCACUUCCCCUUUCCACGAUAAACUACUGUGGUCCAGCACAGAGAGCCCAUCACCGUGACUUUUUUUUUGUACACAAGGUUCAACUCUAGUAUUUUUACUUAUGAUAUGGAAGUUUCCCUCUAAAUACUUAAAUAAAAAUUGCUUAAACACGG